AUGGCGGAGACUCAGGCUUCGAGUGGCGGCCAGAGCAUCGUGUUCACGACGCUUGGGAGGCCGUCCUACGAGUUCGAUAUCUUCACGCUCCCCACGCGCCACCGCAGUCCGCCAUCGGAUUCCGGCGAGCUCAGGAUCACCGAUGGAGUACCCGUUAAUUUCAACGGCCAUUUCGCUUAUCCGUCUGCGGCGCUUAUCUCUCUUCUACCCAACAACAGUGGGAUCCAACCACAUGACCAAUCUUAUAUGCAUCUCAUAUACAUCACCGAGAGAAACGGCACGUCGAGCGUAUACUACGACGCUGUUUCGGGGGAUCAUCAAGUGACGAGCCGGCUCCAGGUGCCGGUGAUAUCCGGCGCCAACCGUCUGAGUGGUAUGGCCGUAAAUUCGAUGAAAGAUAAGCCCAGUUUGGCUGGGGACUACCUGGUCUACGUGUCGACUCACGAGGUCCAGAGUAAGCCGAUGACGAGCUGGGCCGCUGUCUACUCCACCGAGUUACGGACCGGGUCAACUCGGAGACUGACACCGCCGGGAAUCGCUGAUUUUAGCCCCGCGGUUUCUCCCUCCGGGAACUGGACCGCCGUGGCUUCGUACGGAGAGAGGGGUUGGAACGGUGAAUUGGAGGAACUCAGUACCGAUAUCUACGUUUUCCUGACUCGGGACGGGACUCAGCGAGUCAAGGUGGUGGAACACGGAGGAUGGCCGUGUUGGGUCGACGAGUCAACUCUGUAUUUCCACAGAAGAAGCGAGGAAGACGGAUGGAUGAGCGUGUACCGGGCGAUUCUACCGAAGAAUGGAUCGAUCUCCACCGAGUCAGUAACGAUUCAGAGAGUCACACCACCGGGUAUCCACGCUUUCACACCCGCUACGUCGCCCAACAACCACGACUUCAUCGCGGUUGCCACUCGGAGACCCGGCUCGGAUAUCCGCCACGUGGAACUGUUCGACCUGAAAAGGAACGAUUUCAUCGAGUUGACUCGUCUGGUGUCGCCAAAGAGUCACCAUUUCAACCCGUUCCUCUCCCCUGAUUCGACACGGGUCGGAUACCACAGUUGCAGAGGGGAGGCCAACGGACAGACAAGGCCUUCGUUUCUCCUCGAGAACAUCAAAUCAUCAUCGCCCGACCUUUCUCUCUUCAGAAUCGAAGGUGGGUUCCCGUCGUUUUCGUCGGCCGGUGACCGUAUCGCAUUCGUCACAUACACUGGUGUCUUCGUCGUGAACUCUGACGCUACAAAUCCACGCCAAAUCUUUGGAAAAAUGACAUUUUCGACGGCUUGGGACCCGAUUCGACCCGGAACAGUGUACACGAGUUCAGGUCCGAUCUUAGCAUCAGUGAAAACCCAGGUCGAUAUCAUCGCCAUUGACGUUGAUGCCGUCGACCAAUCAAAGGCGGUGAGAAAUCUGACCACGAACGGUCAAAACAACGCAUUUCCAUGGCCAUCGCCCGACGGAAAACGGAUAGUUUUCCGCUCUAGUAUGUCCGGCAACAAGAACCUCUACAUAAUGGACGCCGAGAAAGGCGAAACCGGUGGUUUAUUCCGGUUAACCGAUGGCGCGUGGAAUGACACGAUGUGUAGUUGGUCACCGGACGGAGACUGGAUCGCGUUUGCGUCGAAUCGAGAGAACCCGGGUACGGAAUCGUUCGGGCUGUUCUUGAUCCACCCGAACGGUACCGGUUUGAGGAAGUUAACCGAAACCGGUUUAGGCAGGAUGUCGAAUCACCCGGUUUUCAGCCCCGACGGGAAAACCGUAGCGUUCACGUCGAAUUACGCCGCGAUCUCGGCGGAGCCAAUCUCAAACCCGGAUAUCGCGAUUUCAGCUGGCGAGAUCUUCACCGUUAAAUUGGACGGCUCAGAUCUGAGUAGAGUGACGCACAAUUCCUACAUGGAUGGGACUCCAAUAUGGGCUCCCAAGUUCAUCCAGCCUGCUGACGUGGCAUGGCCCAAGAGAACUAGGCCUAGUUGCACAUUCCAAGAUUGUCAGUGGCUGAAAAAGCCUCUUACGGCCCACAAAAUUUGAUGAUAACAAUUUUAGCAUGGUGGGAUCAUAGAUAAG